GAUGUUCCGAUGACUCUCCUCCUUCGAACAUGUUUUACGCGACACACUCGCACCCCACUCCGUCUCCAAUCUUACUCUAGGCGGGCUUACAACUCCCAUCGCCGCCCGUUGUUCAGUUUUCUUGAUGAUAUCCCUCAAAAGGCUGUCUUUUGGACCAUUAUUGGCCUGAAUGGCGCCGUGUUUGGUCUCUCUUGGUGGGCGCGUCAAAAAUUGCAGGUCGAGCGAGACCCGCGUUUGAUGCUCUGGCUUCAAAAGAACUUUUAUUUGAGCUGGAAAAAUUUGGAGGCUGGUCGAGUAUGGACACUAGUCACCAGCAUGUUCACCCACAGCAUGACAGACAUAAGCCAUAUACUUUUCAACGGUUUCACUUUCUAUUUCAUGGCACCAAUGACUAUGAGCAUCUUGGGCAACAGACAAUUUCUUCUGUUAUAUAUUGGCGGCGGCAUUGCCGCAGAUCUAUGGGCCAUGGCGUACAAGAAACUCUUCCAAAACGGCCGGGACCCAUAUACCGUCGGUGCUAGCGCCGCUAUAUACUCGAUGAUGUCUUUCCUGGCGUGUGCAGCACCAAGAAUGACCAUCCUCGUCUAUGGGAUCAUUCCCGUCCCGAUUUGGCUUGCGGUAACUGGACUGUUCACCUACGAAAGCUCUAGGACUGCUUCAGACAAGGGCGGCACCACAGAUACGCUCGGCCACAUUGGCGGGAUGCUUGCAGGGGCUGGCUAUUUUCUAGCUAGACGCUUCCGAGUUCUAUAG